CUGUUCUCGGGUCAGUAUUGAUACGGUGCUUCCAAUAGACCGGCGUUGGCAAGUCCUCGUUGAUCAACCUCGCAUUUGGGGUGCAAAACGCGCUCACUUCGCAUGAUAAGGCGGGCGAAGCCAACAUCAACACCGAGUUCAUAUCACGACAGAACGACCGAUUCGUUCUCCACGAUAGCAAAGGUUUCGAACCAGGCGGAGAUGACAACCUCACUAUAGUCAAAAAAUUCAUCGAAAGUCGGAGAAAGAUGCCUGAUCUGAAAGAUCAGCUGCAUGCUAUUUGGCUUUGUUUCGAAAUACCCCGCGAAGGCGGGCGUUUACUCGAGACUGGUACAGAGGAAUUCCUGACAUUAAAGCGUGAGGGCGCGCUGGGAAACAUCCCCGUCGUCGUCGUUCUCACUAAAUUUGACAUGUUCAUCGACCGCGUGGAUCACACCCUGGAUGAAUCCUUGCUCGAAGGAUUGAGCAACAGCGCGAUCCACGAACUCAUCACGAAGAAAGCGGAUACCGAGCUACAGGAGGUCUGCAUCGGACCCCUACAGCAAUUUGCAGGGUCUGACAUCCCCUACGCCACGGUCUCUACCAAGGAAGACCACAAAGAAACACUAGCCCAUCUUAUCGAGACGACUGAAAGCCACGUCCGACAGAAUUUUCCGUCCGAGGCGUGGGUGAUGACCUCCAUCGCUCAACGAGUGGACCCUGGACUCAAAAUCAAGGCCUCGAUAGAGGUCGGCAAGAGAAAAUAUUGGAAAGCGCUCGUAUCAAGCGCAGCAUUCAAGAACCGAACGACAUGGAGCUGUCUGGGUGUGGUUCAUACUGACAUCAUUGCUGUGUGGAACUUCCAAGACCCUCAUAAAGUGAUCUUAUUUUUUGUUGUCGUCGCAUUUACUUAUUCUGACGCGAUUUACGCACAGUACUUAGACAGCCCCGAAUUCAGGACAUUGAUGGUUAACCUGGUGGAUAAGAAGAUAGAAACUGGACCUACAGCUGAUCCUAGCAGGACCAUUACUAUCGGGCUCUCCAUGGUAGGUACUAUCGCGGGCAUCAUGUCUGCCCUGGCGGGACCAGCGGCUCCCAUCGUGGUGCCGAUCGUGGCGGGCGUCGUACUCGCCGUAUGGGUUCAUGACGUGUACCAGCAGUCCUGCGUGGUGCUUCAGCGCUUCAUGACAUAUAUCGUCGACUUGACCCUUGUGUUGCAGACACUUUAUCUUGUGUCGGAAAGCAAGGAACUAUCUCGUAGGGCCAUCAAGCUCGCUGUCGCUGCCUAUCAUGCCUCACCAACGAGCGAAGAAGUUCAUGCUGGAAUUCGGAAGUAUGACCGGGACUUGACACUCCUGGCGCGCGCGGAUCGUGAUGCCUUGGAUAAAAUCAUCGAGUUGAUGCAACUGUAUAGCAUCGAUGCCGCGACAAUUUUCGACCUUCGGAAACAGAUUCCAGCUGUUGGUUCAUUACCGGAUGAAUUGUGGGAAGACGUCAAGGCAUAGAUCUCAUUCUUUCCUUUGAGUAUGAUUUGCAGUUCUGGCAGGGUAUCUGGUUACGGAUUGCAGUGAUAUCAUGAUUUGUAGUAAAUUUACGGGCUGCUGUACGUUACAAUAGACUGUAUUCUAUCAACAUCCUGAUA